CUAAGACCCGGCAAGAAGACCUAUGUGUACAAGGACUGGGCGUGGGACGUCAAGGAUACUGUUCAACUCGCUCCAUUCUUCGGAACUGGCAGAUACGUCGUUAACUUGUUGAAUGCCUUGUACACGCUGUUCGACGCCAUCAUUUCCAACUAUGACGUCUACAAGGUUGAAACCAUUGGCGAUGCCUACAUGCUGGUCGCCGGCCAACCACUCCGUAAUGGCCACCGUCAUGCCGGUAUGAUCGCAUCCGCUGCAUGGCAUCUGCUGGAAGGUGUUAGUAGUUUCAUCGUGCCGCACAAACAAGAGGAGAAACUCAAACUCCGAAUCGGUAUUCACUCAGGAUCUUGUGUGGCGGGUGUAGUUGGCCUGACCAUGCCUCGGUAUUGCCUCUUUGGUGACACGGUCAACACAGCGUCUCGUAUGGAGUCUAACGGACUCGCGCUCAAGAUUCACGUGAGUCCUGAAUGCAGACAGGUACUGGAGGAACUCGGGGGAUACAAUCUAGUAGAGAGAGGACUGGUUGCCAUGAAGGGCAAAGGUGAAAUCCUGACGUACUGGCUUGAGGGACAGGAUCCAAGCUACAAGAUUGACCGAAUCAAACCACCCAAACAAAACUUGUAAACAUCUAGCAUUAUCCCAACAUCAUCUGCAACGGAAGUUACAAAGUCCACUAAAUAGCAUUUAGAUCAGCAAUUAUUUGUAAAGAGGCAAAAACCAUAACCAGCUAUCAAUCUGAGCCAGAAAUCAUACCACAGUGUGUGUAGGUCUAUUUGAAAAAGCUAACAACAAAUUCAAAUUAGCACACAGUUUUGUGUUCACCAACAGUUUUGUUGUUCACGAGAGCAGCUUUCAUUUAGCAACUUUAAGAAAAAAGGUUUAAUUGCACUUGUACAAUAUAACUUUGAUCAAGUCACUUAUUUACAAAGACUGAAGUAUUUUGAAGUCGCGUUAUCAUCUAUUACCAUGUAGGCCUCGAAGUUCUAACAAAAAUGACAUCAAACAAUCUAAAAAAUGUUUUCAUCAAUUAAACACACUUUGAUUUCAAACUGUUGAGAGUCGCUACUUUGGUAUUAACUUGUAUUCAAACUUCAAAAAAGAAAAGAAAUGUAUACAACAUCGAAUAUUACUAUGUAAACUAUAAUCUAGUUCAAGAAUCCAAAGUUGAAAGAAGAAGCAA